AUGGAGCAAGCUAUUCGGGAGCACUUUUAUCACCAUGGAAAAACAGCGGCCAGUCAGAGUGAAAACUGCCAUUGGUGUCAGCUGCGUUCGCUGCCCACACAGGACACGAUCCCCAUCAGCAUUGUCAACGACGUCGAUGGCACAGUCCUUCCAAAGGACUUUCGCUUCAUUAAUGACAUGGUUUUUGGCCAGGGAGUGGAACCCGCAGAGGAUAGUUUCCGCAGUGGCUGCUCCUGUACAGAUGAUAGCAAUUGCCAGUACACCGACUGUCUUUGUCUCGCCGACCUGGAAGAAGACGAAGAAACAGAAAACGACAAAGGCAUGAAUAUGAAUGACGGUAUUAAGAAGGCAUACCCGUACCAUACACAUGGAGUAAAAGCAGGACUAUUGCGAUCAAGACUACAAAACUCAUCUGUGCCCCUCUACGAAUGCCACAAAGGCUGCGCUUGCUCUAGCAGAUGCCCCAACAGGGUUGUCGAACGUGGUCGCACAGUGCCGCUGCAAAUUUUUAAAACAGAUAAUCGCGGAUGGGGAGUGCGUUCAGCAGCACUGAUUAAACGCGGCCAGUUUGUGGAUCGAUAUCUUGGCGAAAUCAUCACUGCAGAGGAGGCCGACCGCCGCCGCGCAAACUCGGCCGUGUCCCAGCAAAAAGACGUAUAUCUUUUCGCACUCGACAAGUUUACCGACCCAGACUCACUGGACCCACGUUUAAACGGCCCGCCGCUUGAGGUUGACGGCGAGUUCAUGUCGGGGCCGACACGUUUUAUCAACCAUUCAUGUGAUCCCAACCUUCGUAUCUUUGCUCGCGUCGGUGAUCAUGCAGACAAACAUAUCCAUGAUCUUGCGCUGUUUGCUAUCAAAGAUAUUCAGCGUGGUGAAGAGCUCACCUUUGAUUAUGUUGAUGGCGUUGUGGAUGAGCAGGAUGACCAAGACGGCAAUGUGGACGGCAUGACGAAAUGCCUUUGCGGAAGAAGAAGAGGAGGCCUUUUACCCGAAAACAAGAGAAGAAAAGGAGUCAUGAGGCGUUUGCGGUUGCCUCGACAGAAGGCAAAGGCAGACGCACAAACGGGGCAGCUAAGAGCGUGGCUUCGCGACAAGAGCCGCUUGGCAACCAUCCUCGAAGACCACGACUUCACCAUCAACACGAUUUUCGUUCCGAAUGUCUACAAAGAAUACACUGCAGUUGCAGCGGAAUCGAUUAUGACUUGUUGCACAGGUUCUCUUUCGGAGGUGCGCAUUGGUGUCGAUUCGUUUUUCGAGUCACCCGUGGUCAAGGCGGCUUAUAGGGAUUUUAAAGUACAGUGCGAUUCCAUGGAAUGCAGCGGCUUUGGCUUCCUCGAGAGCGAAUUAAUCAAUGUCCUAGCGUCUCUGGCCGAGAACUUUCAUCAACCGCACCUGGGGACCACGAAUCCGCCGGUGCCGUGGCGGGUGGCAAAGAUGGCCAUUCCCAACGAUGGAAAGCUGAAGCAACUGACGAUGGAAUAUCUUGUACGCAUCGAGAUCUGGAGACGAGAAGGACUCGCCAGAGGCAGGCCGUGGCAGUUUGGAACGCACCACUCCAGAUAUCAGUUUCUGGCGUCCACUCUCGUGCAGCUUUGGUACAUGGACAAUGAAGGCUGCUUUAGUUUCCGCGAAGUACAAACGAGCAGCCGCGAUUGGAAUCUUUGCUGGGAUAGCUGGUUUGAAAAGUGCAUCCAAUUGGAUGCCGCAGCGUCUGCAGCCAAGGCGGAGACGGCACGGGCUGGUAGUUUGCAAUUCCCAUCCACGGAUGGCGAAGGGGGUGAAGAGAUGUGUUUUGGGGUUGGACAGCGUCUGGACGGAUGGUUGGAAAGGGCCUGA